UUUUCCAUACGGCAUACCUUGGCAAUCCCAUUCCCUACCUUACCUUGGUAUGGCCUGUGGACAACAACAACAACAACAAAUUUAGUGGGUCCAAUUGCAUGUGAGCUUUUACAUUCAAGUUUCCUUGGUGGUUGGAUGCUACAUUGUUCUCUUAAAUUUUGGAGCAACCACAGAAAACAGGCCAAAAAGCAGGGGAAGAAAGAGAGAGAGAAAAUGGCGAUAUCCUCGGAAAGUACGAUGUGGGUAGUAGUGAUUUUAGGCCUAAUUUCAGUUGGAAGCUUGAAUGUAAAGGGUCAAUCUCCGGCGAUGGCACCGGCGCCGGAUUCGUCGGGAACCGACUGCAUGACUCUGGUAUACACAAUGGCAGAUUGUUUGACAUAUGUUGAGAAUGGGAGCAAAUUAGCAAAGCCUGACAAAGCCUGUUGCCCUGAGGUAGCUGGAGUGUUGAAGGCAAAUCCGAUUUGUUUGUGUGAAAUGUUGAGCAAAAGUAAAGAUUUUUCACUGGAUUUGGAUUUAAACAGAACUCUUCAUUUGCCUUCUAUUUGUAAACUCCAGACUCCUGAUGUUAGCUUGUGCUCAGCGGCUGGGUAUCCAGUAGCAGGAGGACCAACAUCAAGUGCUGGAGCUGGACCUUCGUCAGCAAUGCCAGGUGGGAUGUCGCCUGGAGCAGCAGCAGCAGCAGCAGCAGCAGCAGCAGCGAUGUCUCCAGGAGACGCUACAGCUACAACAGGGAAGAAUGGAGCAUCAUCGAAUGUACAUUUCAAUGCUGUUUCUGUUGUGGCUGGCUUAGCAAUGGCAUUCACAUUCUUGAAACUUUGAAGAUUAGACUCACCCUAAUACCUCUACAUCAUAUCUGUCCAUGAUCGUCUUGCUUAAAUGUUUCAUUAUACUCAGGAAUUUAUUUGCCCAUUCACAUUUUUAUUUGUUGUACUGCUAAAAGAUUCUAGUUUACUUAAUUUUAGUUUCUAGUUCAACUUUUCAGAUUAAUAAACAAAAAAACCCAUUUUAAAAUA